UGACAGGAAGCCAGUAGCAGUAGAGCCGCAUUGGAUUUAAACACGCAUAGGGGACUGCAAUUGGAAGCCCUGGCCAUUUCUACACGAAGCGAAGCAGUUACGCGACAAACAAAAAUGCAUCUAAAGGAACACGGCGUUGGAUCUUCGGAUCCCUGAAACGUUGGGGAAACAUUUUUUUUAUGUUGAUCCGUUUGGUUUCUAAGCCAAGCCUCUACGCUCAGCGAUUUGUUAGAGCAAGUUAAAAAGCAGAGGAGCUCGGAAAUGAGCUCCCCCAACACACAGCAAGAGGACAUGAAUAAAAAGACAUGUUUUUUUAACAUCAAAAUAUUCCUAGUGUCGGAAUGUGCACUAAUGCUGGCGCAGGGGACAGUCGGCGCGUACUUGGUGAGUGUCCUGACAACGCUGGAACGCCGCUUUAACUUGCAGAGUGCUGAUGUGGGUGUGAUAGCCAGCAGCUUCGAGAUUGGCAACCUGGCGCUCAUCCUGUUUGUCAGCUAUUUUGGCGCCAGAGCUCACCGACCACGUCUGAUUGGCUGUGGUGGAAUUGUCAUGGCACUGGGUGCACUGCUAUCUGCACUGCCUGAGUUCCUCACCAACCAGUAUGAGUACAAAAGCACUAAAGUCUGGAGGAAAGAGCCAGGACGGGACAUGUGCUCCAACAUGUCAAGGAGAGAUGUGGAUGAUGGUGGCCUAUGCAGCAACAAAGCCAACACCAACAUGAUGUACCUGCUGCUGAUUGUUGCCCAAGUUCUACUAGGUAUUGGCGCGACGCCUGUACAGCCUCUGGGAGUGUCCUAUAUAGACGACCAUGUGCAGAAAAAAGACUCGUCUCUCUAUAUUGGCAUAUUAUUUUCAACCUUGGUUUUUGGACCUGCUUGUGGCUUCAUUCUUGGUUCGGUCUGCACCAAAUUCUAUGUGGACGCGGUCUUUGUUGAUACCACCAAGCUGGACAUCACCCCGGAUGACCCUCGCUGGAUCGGAGCCUGGUGGGGAGGCUUCCUCCUUUGUGGGGCUUUACUUUUUUUCUCCGCUAUCUUCAUGUUUGGUUUCCCCUCAUCUCUGUCAGAGCGAUAUGGUAACAGCAGGACCCAGAGUGAUCAGCCCAUGCUGCCAGUAUCUCAGAGUUAUGAGCAUUCAAAGCCAAGUAAUGGUGUCCUCCACAACCAUCAACCUGACAGCUCCUGCUGUGAACAGCUUCGAGUGAUUCCCAAGGUGACUAAACAUCUGCUGUCUAACCCGGUGUUCACCUGUAUUGUCCUUGCUGCGUGUAUGGAGAUUGCAGUAGUUGCUGGUUUUGCUGCCUUCUUGGGAAAGUAUUUGGAGCAACAGUUUAAUCUUACAACCACCUCGGCCAAUCAGCUUCUGGGUAUGACAGCCAUCCCAUGUGCAUGUCUGGGCAUUUUUAUGGGAGGUCUUUUGGUGAAGAAGCUGAAUCUGUGUGCUCUGGGUGCUGUUCGUAUGGCCAUGUUGGUCAACCUGAUUUCCACCACCUGCUAUGUGUCUUUCCUCUUCCUUGGAUGUGACACAGGCCCUGUUGCUGGUGUGACCAUCGCCUAUGGCAAUGAAACCUUGCAGCCAGGCCAAACACCAGAAGCUCCAUGCAUUAGUGAGUGUAACUGCUACACAUCGUCCGUUAGCCCCGUUUGUGGCUCUAAUGGGGUCACAUACCUGUCCUCCUGCUUUGCUGGCUGCACCAGGUCCAUUAGCACUGGAGUGCUUCCUCGACCGGCUCAGAACCUGACAGGAUGUGCAUGCAUUUCUGGUGAUGGCAUUCCCUCCACAGUUGUGCCAGGCAAAUGCCCGAGUCCUGGGUGCCAGGAGGCUUUCCUAAUUUUCCUGUGUGUGAUCUGUGCCUGCAGCAUGAUUGGAGCCAUGGCUCAGACGCCCUCAGUCAUCAUCCUCAUCAGGACGGUCAGCCCAGAGUUGAAGUCAUAUGCACUUGGAGUUCUGUUUCUCUUAUUGCGACUGCUGGGAUUCAUCCCACCUCCUUUGAUCUUCGGUGUGGGGAUUGACUCCACCUGCCUGUUCUGGAGCAGCGAGUGUGACACAAAGGGUGCAUGCGUGCUAUAUGACAAUGUGGCCUAUCGCCACCUCUAUGUGAGCUUGGCCAUUGUGCUGAAAAUAAUUGCCUUCCUGCUGUACACCACCACAUGGCAGUGUUUACGUUGCAACUAUAAGAAGUACAUCAAGAAUAAUGAGGCGUAUGUGACAUCCACUGAAAUUUUCUCUUCCGACGUUAAUUUGGAUAGUUUGGGCAAAGACAUUAACAGGACAAAAUUUAUAUACAACUUGGAAGAUCAUGAAUGGUGUGAAAACAUGGAAUCUGUUUUAUAGUGGUUGGUACUUAUUAAUGUUGUUUGUUUGGUUUUUUUGUUUUUUAAAGAAAAGCACUUGAUUUCCUCCUUCUAUGGUGAUGUGUUUAAGGUGCCAUUGGUCACUGUAAGAGACUGUUGCACUUUUUGAAUUAAUACUAAUCUUUUUUUUUGGUCCACUAUAGAAGAUGCAUCAGAGAAUGAUUAUUGUUCAGUUCCAUUGAUCUACAGUCAGGUUCAUAAAUAUUUGGAGAUGGUUAUUUUUAUUUGUCGACCACAGGAUAUUGAAGGUGGUAUGCUUUGGAUCAUGAGCAGUUUCCUCUCUUCCAUUUUUUUUUUCUUCCCACUGUUGUGGUACACAUUGAUCUUUGUCUCAUCUAUCCAUAGGAUGUUGUUCCAGAGCUGUACAGGCUUUUGUUUAGAUUUGUUUUAGUUUGAAAUCUUUAUGCUAGUCUUCAUGUUUUUGAGGUUUACCAAAGGUUUACAUCUUGUGAUAAGCCAUCUGUAUUCACUGUGGUGAAAGCUUCUCUUGAUUGCUGACUUUGACACAGGUACACCUACCAGGGUGUUCUUUCUUUUUAAGAAUGUACCAAAUAGUUGAUUUGGCCACGCCUAAUGUUUUUGCUGUCUCUCUGAUUGGUUUGUUUAGUUUGUUUUUUUUUUUGACUAAUAAUGACAUGCUUCACUGGCAGUGACAGCUUUUUGGACCUAAUAUUGAGAGUUAACAACAGCAGAUUCCGAAUUCAAAUGCCCAUCAACCCUAGACUUUUUAUCUGCUUAAUCUCCAGUUAUUUUUGGUCCCUUAAAAAGGUGAGGACCACAAGUGCUGUAAUUCCUACACUGCUCACACGAUUUGGAUGCAAAUACCCUCAAAUUAAAGCUGAAAGUUUGCA